AUGUUGAGUUGCAACAGUCUACCGGUGGCCCAGCUCUUGAGCCUCCCCAUUAUCGUGUUAUCCGCUAUUCUCCCUGUCUCAUUUGAUAACCACAUCGCCCCCUCCGAUAACGACGACGGCAAGUGUGAGUUGAUAGGCACAUUCUCGCUCUUGACUCAGGCGGUUUUGGGUCUCUUGUGCCUCUCGUCAUUGCUCGUCAAACGCUACUACGAAUUCCCCAUUCGCAGAACGUGGUCAGUGUGGCUCUUUGAUGUGCUCAAGCAGUUAAUAGGGGCGUUGGGAGUCCACGUCUUCAACGUGUUCUUGUCGAUCGUGAAGACCAGAAAGUCCAACGGAAGCAUCUUGGACUUGGACAGCCCCGAAUCCGACGUGGAUGACGACCCCUGUGACUGGUACUUUCUCAGCAUUGUGUUUGAUUGUACGAUAGGGGUGUACAUCUUGUACCUCGUCUUCCAGUCCAUGACCAAGUUCAGCAAGAAGUACUUGCACAUGACCCAGAUCGACUCGGGAAACUAUGGUCCCGACCCCAACAAGCCGUCGACACGGGCGUUUUUGAAGCAAUUGUCCAUCUACUUCAUCUCGUUGAUGAUCACGAAGAUUUUGAUCUACGGCAUCGUUGAAUGUUUUGAGCAGCAGCUCUUGUGGUUCACCAGCCACGUGUUGUUACUCUGGCUCGACGAGUACCCCGACGAGUUUGAGAUCUUCGUGGUGAUGUUCGUGGUGCCCAUCGUCAUGAACUGCUUGCAGUUGGUGUUGAUUGAUAACUUCAUCCAGAACCAGGCGUGGAUGAGCGUGAACAAGAGAAUCCAGCACGAGCACCAUCUGCCUGGAGAGCCUGCCAGCGUGCUACGUGAAGAGGCUGCCCACUACCUCCAGCAAGAAGAGCACGCUAAUUACAAAGCAGGCCCCAACAACAACAGCGACAGCAGUAUCAGCACCUUCACCGGUGAUGAACCCCCCAAAUCCUACGGGACGUUCAACCAGGUAUAG